AUGGCUCUAGCUAAAGAGAUAAUGGGUUCUUCUAUGAUCUUCGAAAGAUCAUCAUUAAUCACGUCUUCGUCUCCGUUUCAAUCUCGUUUCUCCAACAAGAAGAGAACACAGUUCUCGAUCAAUCCUUUUGAUCUGAAACCGAUGAGAGCCACUAACUCAGGCAACAUCGUGGCGGCAAUCAGUGAUGAUUUGGUUAAAACGCUGCGUAUUAACACCGUCGGUAAAAAGCAAGAGAAGAAGGAAGAGGAAGAGAAGGCGGUGAAGUUUAAGGUUAGAGCGGUUGCGACGGUGAGGAACAAGAACAAGGAAGAUUUUAAAGAAACUUUGGUUAAGCAUUUUGAUGCUUUUACUGAUAAAAUCGGUAGAACUGUCGUAUUGGAGCUUAUUAGCACCCAAGUUGAUCCAAAAACGAAUGAGCCAAAGAAGAGUAAACCGGCGGUAUUGAAAGACUGGUCAAAGAAAUUGAAUUUAAAGGCGGAGAGAGUCCAUUACACGGCGGAGUUCACGGUAGAUUCCGCUUUCGGUUCGCCGGGAGCCAUCACGGUGACAAACAAGCACCAAAAAGAGUUUUUCCUUGAGAGCAUAACCAUCGAAGGUUUCGCAUGUGGUCCUGUUCAUUUCCCUUGUAACUCAUGGGUCCAAUCCCAAAAAGAUCAUCCAUCAAAACGAAUUUUCUUCACUAAUCAGCCUUAUUUGCCGAGUGAGACACCGUCCGGUCUAAGAACAUUAAGGGAGAAAGAAUUGGAGAAUCUAAGAGGAAAUGGUAAAGGAGAAAGAAAAUUAUCAGACAGGAUCUACGAUUUUGACGUCUACAACGACAUAGGAAAUCCAGACAUAUCAUCCGAACUAGCCCGUCCAACAUUUGGCGGUCGAGAUUUUCCUUACCCUAGACGUUGUCGAACAGGCCGGUCUUCGACAGAUACCGAUCUAAUGUCCGAGAGACGCGUAGAGAAACCAUUACCGAUGUAUGUGCCUCGAGAUGAGCAGUUCGAGGAGUCUAAGCAAGACACUUUCGCUGCGUGUAGGCUUAAGGCGGUUUUACAUAACCUUAUACCUUCGUUAAAAGCUAGCAUUUUGGCUGAGGACUUCGCUAACUUCGGUGAGAUUGAUAGUCUUUAUAAAGAAGGAUUGCUUCUCAAGUUAGGGAUUCAAGAUGAUAUGUUCAAGAAAUUCCCUUUGCCUAAGAUCGUCACUACCCUACAAAAAUCUAGCGAAGGCUUGCUUAGAUACGAUACUCCCAAAAUAGUUUCAAAGGAUAAAUACGCAUGGCUUCGUGAUGAUGAGUUCGCACGCCAAGCCAUAGCUGGAAUUAACCCGGUCAACAUAGAACGAGUCACCACUUAUCCACCGGUCAGCAAUCUUGACCCAGAGAUCUACGGUCCACAACUUCACUCUGCUCUAACCGAAGACCACAUCAUCGGACACCUUGACGGCUUAUCCGUGCAACAAGCCAUAGAGACUAACCGAUUGUUUAUGGUUGACUACCAUGACAUAUACUUACCAUUUCUAGACCGAAUCAACGCGCUUGAUGGACGCAAGGCUUACGCAACCCGAACCAUAUUGUUUUUGACUCGUCUCGGUACACUUAAGCCUAUAGCCAUCGAGCUAAGUCUCCCUCCUCAAUCAAGCUCAAACCGAAAGUCCAAACGCGUGGUCACACCUCCCAUAGACGCUACCUCCAACUGGACUUGGCAACUCGCCAAGGCCCACGUUGGAUCCAAUGACGCUGGCGUCCACCAGCUUGUGAACCACUGGCUACGUACCCAUGCGUGUCUAGAGCCUUUUAUAUUGGCUGCUCAUAGACAAUUAAGCGCGUUGCAUCCGAUAUACAAACUCUUAGACCCUCACAUGAGAUACACUUUAGAGAUCAACGCCGUGGCACGACAAACUUUGAUUAGCGCGGAUGGUGUGAUCGAGUCAUGCUUCACAGCCGGUCAAUACGGUCUAGAGAUUAGUGCCGCUGCCUAUAAAAAUCGAUGGCGAUUCGAUAUGGAAGGCCUCCCUGCUGAUCUUAUCCGAAGGGGAAUGGCUGUUCCUGACCCAACACAACCACAUGGGCUUAAACUAGUAGUCGAAGACUAUCCAUACGUAAACGACGGUCUCUUAAUAUGGUCAGCUAUCCAAAACUGGGUCCGAACCUACGUGGAACGUUAUUACCCAAACCCGAACCUAAUUCGAACCGACACAGAGCUCCAAGCCUGGUACUCUGAAUCAAUCAACGUAGGUCACGCCGAUCACCGUGACGCCGAUUGGUGGCCGGAGCUUUCCACCGUCGAUAACCUCGUCUCCGUCUUAACCACCAUAAUCUGGCUAGCCUCCGCACAACACGCGGCUCUCAAUUUCGGACAGUAUCCUUACGGUGGUUACGUCCCGAACCGACCACCGUUGAUGCGGCGGUUGAUUCCCGACGAGUCAGAUCCCGAGUUCGCGAGUUUUCUUGAAGAUCCUCAGAAGUUUUUCUUCUCUUCGAUGCCGAGUUUGUUGCAGACGACGAAGUUUAUGGCGGUGGUUGAUACAUUGUCGACACAUUCGCCGGACGAAGAGUAUAUCGGAGAGAGACAACAACCGUCGAUAUGGACCGGAGACGGUGAGAUUGUUGAUGCGUUUUAUGGUUUCUCGGCGGAGAUUGGACGGAUAGAGAAAGAGAUUGAGAAGAGGAAUCGUGAUCCUAGCCGUAGGAAUCGGUGUGGAGCCGGAGUUUUGCCGUAUGAGUUGAUGGCUCCGAGUUCUGAACCAGGGGUUACGUGUAGAGGUGUACCUAAUAGUGUAUCGAUUUAG